UCAUUUAAAUCUAUACACUAUACAAAGGUAUUUUCUGAAAACGAAGGCUUGAUUAGGUAUGAAGUCGGGAACGCUGGCGACAGACAGGCUCUAAUUGGAAAACGAGUCAAAACGAGUCAUCAAAUCCUAUUUUUGCUGUAUUUGCUCCAGACUGUGAAGAAAUCAAGGAAGAUAAUCAGUAUACUGGUAUACACCCAAAAUCUGUCGACAGUGAAGAAAACUUUUUUUUAAAAAUAUGCAAGAAGAAAAUGUUGCCACCGGUUUAAAACUUGGUAAAAAUGAUACUGGAACACUUUCCAUCAAUAACGACUUUCCAGACACAAAAAUAACUAAUUCGGCACCAACAGAGAAUGACAGAGCAGUAUCAUAUAAGGAGAUUACUGUAGAAAGAAGUGAUGAUACUGAAAAACAUAAAAACAACAAUGUGAAAAGUAGUGACGAUGUGGCUGUACCGAAUAGAUAUAACCAAGCAGUGUCCGCAACGCACGAAUUGAUGUCUGGCUUGGACAACACUUUGAAAGCAGCAAAUAAAGACAUGUUACACAACCCAGAUUCUCUACCUGAAACCGAGAAAGAAAAUGCACCCAAAGUAAUCGAUAACGGACUGGAUAAAAGCAGGACCACAGUCACAAUGAACAAGUAUGUAGGCAUGAAGACAGAUUCAAAUACUACUCCUCCAUUAAAUUCACAAACACCCGUGAAGGCUGAGCAAAAUCAGAUUCCGAAUGAGAAAAGAAAUGAGAGCAAUGAAAACAACCUGUCCGUUAAAGAUGGCAUUCCGAUGAUGUCGUCACGAAUUAUUUUGAUUGGAAAGACAGGAACUGGAAAGAGCGCUACAGGAAACACCAUUCUGGGACAAACAAAAUUCCAGACAGCCAGUGGUUUUGUUUCUUGCACCUCAACCUGCCAAAGAGAAAUGUGUGUGAUUAAUGAUCAACGCAUUGAGGUAAUCGACACGCCUGGAUUGUACGACACCUCAAAAACAGAAGAGAUGGUCAAGAAAGAGCUUUCUAAGUGUAUGGAAAUGUCGUUACCAGGACCGCAUGUAUUUUUAGUUAUCUUGUCAGUGGAGAGAAUAACUGAACAGGAAAAAUACACAUUGAAGUAUAUGGCCGAUAUUUUCGGUGGCCAGGACUUUCUGAAUCACACGAUAAUAGUGAUUACUCGUAAGGACAAUUUUGAUAAUGAAGUGGAUUCAGAUGAUGAAGAUGAAGAUUUAGAUGUAUCCGAGAUACUUGAUGACUUUGUUCGUACGUCUGAGGAUCUUAGUAGAAUGGUAAAACAGUGCAAUGGCAGGUGUGUGGCUAUCUCAAAUGCAAGCCACAUCGAAAAACCCAAGAGAAGGAGAGAAGGUCAAAGACUCCUCCACUCCAUUAAUCAGUUGAUUCAGAAGAACGAAGGGGUGUGCUACAGUAAUGAUUUGUUUGAGGAUUUGGAACGGAAAAGGGAAAGCAUACGUAAGGAAGAGGAAAGGAAAAGACAAAAUGCAAUCAAAGAAAUGGAGAGGCAGAGGAACGAACGUAAAAAGGAGAAGGAAAGACGAGAGCGCAAUAUCGAACAAUUAAAGAAAGAUAUUGACAAAGAGGAAGAGAAAUUAAAGAGAGAUAAAUCUCGAUCUAAAAAUGGAAUGUUUGAAUUAAAAGAGAAAUUGCAGGAAAUGGCAUCCGAAAACGAAGAGAUGGAGCUGAGAAUGAAGGAAGAAAGAAAGAGAAUAAAAAGAGAAAUAAAAGAAAUGAGAGAGGAAAAUGAUAAAUUACAUUUGGAACUUGACAGCAUAAAAUGGAGUAUUCCUCAACCAAAGGAAAGUGAACGUUCAAAAUGUAAAAUUAUGUGAACAUUUAAGCUUGUUCAAAGACUGCAAAUUAAAGCUAUAUAUGGCGUUAAAGAAGUAUUUUAUAUAGAUAUAAAAAGUAUGUGUUUUUCAUCAUUUUAUACAAAUCAUACAUUUUAACUCGAAUGGAUUAAAACUUUCCCUACG